AUUCCGUCAGGAUGCAUUCUCGGCCUUGGCACAUGUCUACAAUAUACCCGUUAUAAGUACGGCCACUUUUGCACAACAAACAUUUAUGAGUGAAAUGUUUGGAAUUAUACAACCGUGGUCAUACGUGCCCCAUGGCUAUCUACCGCUAACGGAGCAUAUGAGCUUUUUCGAACGCGUCUAUAACACGUACACUUCAUUGCGCACGGACUUGGACCGCGAGUUUAGGUAUUUUCCGAAAAUGGACGUACUGGUGCAGAAAUACUUCGGACACUUGCCAAUCAAAUUCCCCAGCACCUCCGAAAUGAAUAGAAAUCUCUCAGCCAUAUUGAUCAACAACUAUACGCCAUUGGCGGCAGCUGGACCCACGACGGACAACAUGAUCAAUGUCGGUGGCAUGCAUAUCUAUCCGCCAAAAGCGUUGCCCAGCGAUAUAAAGCAGUUCCUGGAUGAGGCCGAACAUGGCGCCAUCUACUUCAGUUUGGGCAGUCAAGUGCAGAGUAAAGAUAUGCCAGUGGAGAAGUUACGCUUGUUCCUCAACGUAUUCGCUCAGCUGAAUCAGUGUGUGCUGUGGAAAUUUGAAAACGAUAGCCUUCCGGAUUUACCUUCGAAUGUUAUGGUGAAGAAAUGGCUGCCACAGAGUGAUAUCUUGGCACAUCCUAAUGUGCGUGUCUUCAUUUCGCAUGGCGGUCUCUUUGGCUCACAGGAAGCUGUCUACCAUGCCGUGCCCGUACUUGGGAUGCCCUUCUUCUUCGAUCAGCACCUUAAUUUGAAGAAAGCCGAGAACAACGGUUAUGCCAUCAUGCUGGACUUCCACACACUCACCAGUGAGCAGCUAAAGAAUAGCCUCCAACAAUUGUUGCACAACAACACAUAUCGCGACAAUAUCAAACGCUUCUCGAGCAUUUUCCACGAUCGUCCCAUGGGUCCACGUGAGACUGCGCUCUACUGGAUCGAUUACGUAAUACGUCAUAAGGGAGCGCGUCAUUUGCGCGCUGCUGGCUUGGACUUGAAAUGGUACCAAUUCUAUUUGCUGGACGUGAUCGCUCUGGUCGUAGCCGCCGUGGCUGUUGCCCUUGGAGUGCUUGUUCUGUUAGUUCGCUGGAUCUUGCGUCGAAUCAGCGGUGAACAGAUCAAGCAGAAAGUGAAUUAGUAUAAUUCUAUGAAUUGUUGUUGUUUUAAAAAAUUAUGUGGUUAUGUGUGGUUAGUUCUUU